AGCUUUGUGUGGUCAUGUUUGGUUAGGACUCGGCGUGGCUUCCUCUCGUUCCAUCUGUUUGACGCUCAGACACAGAUGAAGACUCUCGUGUUCAGAUCUAAUUAACCUCCGUCUGCUGGGCAAACAGCAGCUGAUCUGGAGUAGCGGUGCGUUUGCUCAGCAGAUGCUGGCUGUGAUUAGAUCAACAGAGCAACUGUACAUCCUAAUUAAAGGUGAUCUUUCUGAGGGAUGUUCUUGUUUCCGCUGUGCCGCAGUGCCGAUGCCCAGAAGGCUGCGUUUUAAAGAGCUGAGCUCCAACACGCUCGGCGUGACCUGGAAGGAGCCGAAGGGAGCGUUCGACAGCUAUAGACUCCUGUACAGCACUGACUCAGGAGACGAGCGUGAGCUGAUAUUGAGUAGAUCUGAGCCCAAAGCCGUCAUCGCUGGGUUUGACCGCAGGAAAGAGUACAGCGUGAAGAUCACAGCCGUCAGAGGAGCUGCGCAGAGUAAAGCCCUGCUGGGCAGAUUCACUGGAUGGGGAUCGGGGUCAGAGGUGAGUGACGUCAGCGAGCCGCUCGGUCAGCAGGACACCAGCGCAGACCCGCAGGACAAUGAGAUCAGAGAAGUGGACGUGUUCACAUGUAGAACUCCAGCCGUUGCCGAUAUCGUGAUUCUGGUGGAUGGAUCGUGGAGCAUCGGCCGAAUUAAUUUCCGUUUGGUGCGGAUGUUUCUGGAAAGUCUCGUCAGGGCCUUCGCGGUUGGAUCUGAACACACACGUGUUGGUUUGGCGCAGUACAGCGGGGAUCCGCGGAUUGAGUGGCAUCUGAACACUCACAGCACUAAAGAGGCUGUCAUCGACGCCGUGAAGACUCUGCCUUAUAAAGGAGGAAACACACUCACAGGUCUUGCUCUGACAUAUAUUCUGGAGAACAGCUUCAAAGCUGAAUCUGGAUCCAGACCUGACGUUCCUAAGAUUGGGAUUCUGAUCACAGAUGGGAAAUCACAGGACGAUGUUCUUUCUCCUGCUCAGAGACUCAGAGACGCUGGGAUUGAGCUGUUUGCUAUCGGAGUGAAGAACGCAGAUGAGAAUGAGCUGAGAGCCAUCGCCUCUCCGCCGGAGGAAACACACAUGUAUAACGUGGCUGAUUUCAGCGUGAUGAGCUCCAUCGUGGAGGGACUGACCAGGAGCGUCUGCGAGCGCGUCUCUGAACUCAGCAGAGAGAUCAGCGGUGAGACAGAUUCAUAUUCCACGAGGUCACUGGACGCUCCCAGUAACCUUGUGACCUCUGAGGUCAUGGCCAGGAGCUUCCGUGUGUCAUGGACCCAUGCUGCAGGGCCGGUGGAGAAGUACAGAGUGGUGUAUUACUCAUCCAGUGAAUCCAGACCCGAAGAGGUGGUGGUGAACGGCGAUGAUAACUCUGUGGUGUUGAGGUAUCUGAACUCUCUGACGGAGUAUCAGAUCACUGUGUUCGCCAUCUACAGCAACGCAGCCAGUGAAGCUCUGAGAGGCAGCGAGACCACCUUGGCGUUGCCGACGGUCAGUAAUCUGGAGCUGCAUGACAUCACUCACAGUAGCAUGCGUGCGCGCUGGCGGGAGGCAGAGGGGGCUUCUGGGUACAUGAUCCUGUACGCGCCUCUGACGGAGGGUGACCCCGCGGACGAGAAGGAGGUUAAAGUGUCCGACUCCGUGACUCAGGUUGAACUGGAAGGUUUAACUCCUGCGACCGAAUACACAGUGACUGUUUAUGCCCUGUAUGGAGAGGAAGCCAGUGACCCCAUGACCGCGCAGGAGACCACGCUCCGUCUGACUCCGGCUCGUAAUCUGCGCAUCUCAGACGUCAGUCACAGCUCCGCUAAACUCUCGUGGGACGCGGCGUCUCGUAAGGUCAAAGGUUACCGUAUUGUUUAUGUGAAGACGGACGCUGUGGAGACCAAUAAGGUGGAAGUGGGUCCGGUCACCACGCUGUUGCUGCGUAACCUGACCUCUCUGACGGAGUACACCGUCGCCAUCUUUGCCCUGUAUGACGAGGGACAAGCAGAACCGCUGACGGACAGCUUCACCACCAGUGAGGUUCCUCUGCCGCUGAAUCUCCGCAGCAGUGACGUGUCCACCGAUAGCUUCAGAGUGAUGUGGCAAGACGCCGCUUCUGACGUCUCCUUCUACAGACUCACUUGGAGACCCGCAGCAGGAGGAGAGACUAAAGAGGUUCUCAUCAAUGAUAACUCCAACUGGUUUGUCAUCACGGGUCUGAAGCCUUUGACUGAAUAUGAAGUUUCUCUGUCUGCGAUCUACAGAGACGAGUCUGAGAGCGAUCUGGUGGAGAUCAGUGAGACCACAGUCGCCAGAACAACAACAGUUGUGACGACGACCGUCAGAACGACUACAGCCGUUCAGCAGUCUCGCAGUCUGCUGGUGUGGGUCCUGAUGCUGUGGUAUCGUCUGCCUGAUGGUAGCAAUGUCCUGGAGGAAGGGAAGCUCACCUCCGACGAUGUGCUGGGCUUUCCGGUUGAGAGAGAACAGGAGAGGACUGAGAACAUAGCCCUGUGGGGCACCGGUGUUGAGGGUCAGUGGGGAGGAGAUAUUGCUGCCAACUCUAGUCCAGGAUCUAUUCAGACCCAGAGCCCGGAGUUUCACCACAAGCUUAGGGGGCACUAUGAUGGGAAAGUGCAGUGUGCAGGGGUCUCUUCCUCUGCAGUGCCUCUCUCUGCUCCCAGUAACCUCCGUGUGUCUGAGGAGUGGUACAACCGCUUCCGCAUCAGCUGGGACGCGCCGCCGUCGCCCACCAUGGGUUACAGGAUCGUCUACCAGCCCACCUCAGCGGCCAGCCGCGCGCUGGAGACGUUCGUGGGCGACGACAUCAACACCAUGCUGAUUGUCAAUCUGUUGAGCGGGACGGAGUACAACGUUAAAGUCAUCGCCACCUACACCACGGGAUCCAGCGAGGCCCUGAGUGGACGCGCCAAAACACUGUAUCUGGGAGUGAGUAACCUCAGCACGUAUCAGGUGCGGACGAGCAGCAUGUGUGUGCAGUGGCAGCCGCAUCGACACGCAAACCUGUACCGCCUCGUCCUGCAGUCGCCGCUCCGUGAGUGUUUGUGUUCGGAAAUACUUACACAUGCUUUAGAGACGAAUGUGUUCACAGAAGUGAUGUGUCGAGCCACUAAAGCAGAUCUGGUGUUUCUGGUGGACGGGUCGUGGAGUAUCGGAGAUGACAACUUCCAGAAGAUCAUCCGCUUCCUGUACAGCACCGCCGGAGCUCUGGACCGCAUCGGUCCGGACGGGACUCAGGUGGCCAUCGCUCAGUUCAGUGACGACGCUCGCACCGAGUUCAGGCUCAGCUCAUACGACAAGAAAGAAAACCUGCUGGACGCCAUUCAGAGGAUCUCAUAUAAAGGAGGAAACACAAAGACAGGCCGGGCAAUGCAGCACGUGAAGGACUCUGUGUUCACGGCGGUGGGCGGAGCCAGAAGGGGCGUGCCUAAAGUCCUGGUGGUGCUGACAGACGGCCGUUCCCAAGACGACGUGCUCCAGGUUUCCCAGGAGAUCCAGGCAGAAGGUUACAUCGUUUUUGCCAUUGGUUUUUCCGAUGCUGAUUACGGCGAGCUGGUGAGUAUCGCCAGCAAACCCAGCGAGAGACACGUGUUCUUCGUGGACGAUCUGGAUGCUUUCAGAAAGAUUGAAGAGAAACUGAUCACCUUUGUUUGUGAAGCUGCAUCAGCAACGUGUCCAUCAGUACCCAUGAGCGGCAGCACUUUACCAGGGUUCAGGAUGAUGGAGACGUUCGGGCUGGUGGAGCAUAUGUACAGCAGUGUGAGCGGUGUGUCCAUGGAGCCGGGGACCUUCAACAGCUACAGCAGCUUCAGACUCGGCAGCGACGCACUCGUCACGCAGCCCACCAGGUUCAUCCAUCCGGAGGGGCUGCCGUCAGACUACACCAUCACCAUGGUCUUCCGCCUGCUCCCCGAGACGCCACAGGAGCCCUUUGCAUUGUGGGAAGUCCUCAACAGCAACAACGAGCCGCUGGUGGGAGUCAUUCUGGACAAUCCAGGAAAGACGCUGACUUACUUCAACACUGAUUAUAAUGGUGAUUUUCAGACGGUGACGUUUGAGGGGCCGGACAUCCAGAAGCUCUUCUAAGGCAGUUUUCAUAAGCUGCACAUCGCCGUCAGUAAGACGUCGGCUCUUGUGAUGGUCGACUGUAAACCGGCGGGAGAGAAGCCUGUUAAUGCGGCCAAAAACAUCAGCACUGAUGGCGUGGAGGUUCUGGGACGGAUGGUGCGAUCCAGAGGAUCCAAAGACAACUCUGCACCGUUUCAGCUGCAGUCCUUUGAUAUUGUCUGCAGCACGUCAUGGGCUCAACGGGACAAAUGCUGCGAGCUGCCCAGCCUGAGAAAGGAAGCUGAGUGUCCAUCUCUCCCGCGCGCCUGCACCUGCACUCAGGACAGUAAGGGCCCCCCUGGCCUCGCCGGCCCCCCAGGAGGUCCGGGCAUCAGAGGAUCCAGAGGAGAUCGAGGUGAACCCGGCCCUGUGGGUCCUGUUGGUCCAGUGGGGGACGCUGGCGUUCCGGGUGCUCAGGGGCCUCCCGGUCCUCCGGGGCCCAGCGGACGCUCUAUCAGAGGCCCUCCGGGGGCUCCGGGUGAGACGGGACAGAAGGGUGACGCCGGUCCUUCAGGACUGCAGGGUGUUCCCGGCUCUCCAGGGCCUGCAGGCCGCGACGGGCCUCCAGGAUCGCGGGGUUUGCCGGGUCAGGAUGGCCCUCAGGGACGAGUGGGACCACCGGGAACCAUAGGUGGUCCGGGAGUACCAGGGGCCCCGGGAGAAAAUGGCCCUCCAGGACCCACAGGAGACCAGGGUCCUCCGGGACACCUGGGACCCAAGGGAGAGAAGGGUGAGCGGGGUGACGUCCAGUCCACGGCUUCUGUCCAAGCCAUAGCCAGACAAGUGUGCGAGCAGCUGAUCCAGAGUCACAUGGCGCGGUACAGUUCUAUUCUGAACCACAUUCCUAGUCAGCCAGUGUCGAUCCGCACCGUUCCCGGACCGCCGGGAGAGCCGGGACGACAGGGGACUCCAGGACCUCAGGGAGAGCAGGGGCCAUCGGGACGACCGGGAUUCCCUGGCACUAACGGAGAGAACGGCCAGCCGGGAGCGCGAGGACCUCUGGGUGAGAAGGGAGAGAAGGGCAGUCCAGGUGUGGGAGUCCAGGGACCCAGAGGACCUGCUGGACCACCAGGAGCUCCUGGUGAAGGCCGAACAGGAAGUCCAGGUCCAUCUGGUCGCCCCGGUAACCCCGGCAGUCCCGGCAGACCUGGGAUUCCCGGACCUGUUGGUCCGCCCGGCCCACCCGGAUACUGCGACCAGAACUCAUGCCUCGGCUACAACGUGGGAGAGCUGGGCGUUGAUGCUGACCUCAUUGACACAGAUGUUCCUGCAGUUCAGCCCAGCUCCUACCAGCCGUACGGCCCGGAGGCCGAGGACGACGACCCCUACGGCUCCUACACCUCCUACUACCAGCCCAACUACCCUCCGCCGCGGCCCGUGCAGCCCGACGACCCCGUCAUAGAGGAGGAGCUGCGCUCGCCCGGCAUGCAGCGGCACACGCGCAGACGCUAGGAGAGCACGCA